AUGCCCCGAGGAGGACGACUAAAGGAAGUGGGAUUGGAACCCCCAAAGCCUCCUACUCCCCCUGCCACCGAAAGUUCUUCAAGUGAUGCGGCUUCAAGUAGCAGUGGCAGGAGUGCAACUCAUUCAGAUGGCGGCCAUGCUACAAAUGCGCCGAGCGGGCAACGUCCUACGGCAUUGCCAAAUUAUCCGACUGUGCAGGAUCUGCCCCCACCCGAGGAGACAUCGCCCCAAAAAAUGGGGAGGUACGUAUCACAAGUGCCUGUGGAGCCCAGAUAUAAUGCGGAAGAAGAACUGAAGACGGCCGGCAAAGGGAGAGUCGGACGAGAGAGAAUAUACCUGAUUGCUGCUGUAGUGUGCGUCAACUUUAUGUUCAUCUUUGCGACUUGGAAGUGGCCGAUGUAUUACUACAUCUAUCUGCCAUUCAUCACCAUCACCGUCUUCUUGAACUCCGUCAUGGUCUGCUCUCUUGUGCUGAACGGCAUACGAUUCCGCAUCUGGAAACCAAAGAAACUGAUACCAGCAAAGCCCGAGGAUCUCGUGUACCUCUUGCCAUGUUACAACGAAACGCCGGAAGAGCUCACAAAGUCAUUGGACUCAUUGGUAGACCAAGUCAACAUCGAUCAGCACAAGAAGGCUGUCAUCAUUAUUGUAGAUGGUCGAGUCCGAGGGCCUGGCAUGGAGAAGACAAGCGGCGAAUUCCUCCUGGAUGACUUGCUACUCGAUCGUAAAUCACGGCACUAUAUCAAGAACGCGUAUAUCACCUGGACGCAUGAACAGAUGGAUGUGGAAGCCCAACAAGGCACGUACCGAGGACUUCCCUACUACUGUAUUGUCAAACAGCAGAAUCAAGGCAAACGCGAUAGUCUCAUCGUCUUGCGGUCUUUUCUCUACAAGUAUAAUCUUCGCCAUGAAAAGCCGAAAGUCAUCUUCAGUCCUAGCUUCUUCGGAGAAAUGGCUUCCUUUCUAGCAUCCGACGCUGGAAUUACACAUGCCGACUGCCUUAUUGGCAUGGACGGCGAUACCAUCUUCGAGGCCACCUGUGUUUCUGAGCUGCUAAAAGAAAGUCGUUACCCUAAUACCAUCGGCGUCUGCGGAUACGUCUCGGUUGACUUCACAGGCAGUCAGUGGGGGUUGUGGAAUUUGUACCAAUCAGCAGAAUACACCAUCUCGCAGGGUCUCCGCCGUCUACAUCAAUCCAUGGUGACAAACAAAGUCUCAUGCUUACCAGGAUGUUGUCAACUGCUCAAGGUCUGCGAAACCACCUGUGGAGACAAAAUCCUCAUGGAUCUCUUUGGAUACUGUCCGAAGCCAACUGACAGUUUGCUGAAACAUACACGAGCAACGGCCAGCGAAGAUCGUAAUCACGUCUGUCUCAUGCUUUCCGCAUUUCCCAAGGCUCAGACUCGACAAGCUCUUAGAGCACGCGCAUAUACCGAUGUGCCUCAUUCAUGGUCCGUUUUUCUAUCGCAAAGACGACGCUGGACACUUGGAGCUACAUCUAACGACCUAUUCCUCGUUUUUGCCCCUGGGAUUUAUUGGUUCGAGCGUAUCCUUGCAAUCGCCAAUUGCCUCGUCUGGUUCAUCAACAUCUUCGUCUUUGCAUCUCUCGGUGCGCUGAUUGCAGCCAUCCUCUUCGUCGAAGGAUGGGUUAUCCUUUGUUUCGCGUCAAUCAUGCUAGUACCAGUCACGUAUUACAUUUGCAUCGUUUUCUGGCUUCCUCGGACGCUUCGUGAAAGAGUUCAGUACGCCAUUGGCUGUGUGAUGUAUGUCUGUGGCGGACCCUUCAUCAAUAUCAUGGUUCUCUUCUACGCCCUCUAUUACGUCGACUCCUUUGGCUGGGGCAAGACCCGCAAAGUCGUCGCUGAAGCCACAGUUCGGGAAAAGGUCGCCGUUCCCGUUGACGAGGAGAAAGAGAUCGGGUUACGGAGCAUUGGGCGCCCACGCCCCCGGCACGACACUGUGGUCAUUUUCGGCUGCAACCCGUACGCUAUGCAGUUGCUGAAAACCUGCGCGCAGCACUAUCGUACCAUUGUCUUUGAUCCUUCAGAAGAGUCCGCAGAUACGACUCGUGAUUAUUUCUCCGGUACUGAGAACUACAGCGUCAAGAUCACAUCAGAUGAAGAAGAGCUAGCACGCGCCAACGUCUACCUGAUCACGUCACCUUUCCUUGCCUCUCCAACGGAGUCGCGUCAAGGACCGACAAACCUGCAACAGGCUGUGGAGAUUGUCUCCCGCCAUGUUAAGCCAGGCAAGAUUGUUAUGAUCGAGACAGCUGCCUCGGUGGGCACGACUCGAAAUUUACUCAAGCAAUUCGAGUACCGUGGCGUGCUUACUGGUUACUCGCCGGCCCCUUCGGUCACUUCCAUGAAACGCGAUUUCGCCGACGGAACCAAGAUGGUCUCGGUCCUCGACGCCAAGAACAUGCAUUUGAUUGAGCGAUUCUACCAACGCAUCUUUGCGAAGACAGUAGCUCUUCCCAGUCCUGAAGCAGCUGAGAUGUUCCAUCUGCUGGAGGUUGCUCUACAGCACUCCCAAGGCAUAGUGGAAACAAAACUCGAGGGCCGUCCCGAUGCGGUGGAGUUACAAUCCAAUCUUCGUCGCAUCUCGUCUUUGUGGAAAGAGUUCAUCAUCGAGGCAGAGAGCGGUCUUGACGUUAUGCCUCCUCACUCGACAGAGGAUUCUAACGUCAUAGACAAGGGGAAAGCAGUCGAAGACUUGGACCAAGAUCUUGAGAUCACAUCUGUGGAAAGCAAACGCUCCCGCCGCCACCACCGCCACCAGGUGGAUUCGGGCUACGGAUCAGUAGCAUCAUUCACUGAGCAGCGAGGGUUUCAGAAGAGUUGUCAGCUAGGAGAGGCGAUGAAUCAACAGCCGUCGAUGCCUAUGGAGGUACAGUGA